AUGCUCAGUCAUUCAAGACUUCGACAGCACGAGUCUGCCAACUCCGACCUCAAAACAACAUGGCUUCCAUCCGUCCACAGCAAGCCUAUCCCCCUGGAGUCCGUCCUCUCUGACGACGACGGAAGUCCAGACGCCACCAUCGUUCAUCACGACGCAAAUACACUUGCUCUUGAUAAGGAGGUCGACUCUAGUCUACUCCGAAAGACCUCAUCCUACUCCGGUGUCAAUGGAACCACCAUCUUCUCUCGUCGCGAUUUCUCAGAAGGUCUCAUGAGCAAUCGCCAUGUUUCUCAGGCUAUGUCUGUUGCGUCCAAGCGAGAGACUGUAAACAACUUCUCCAUGGUCCACCACCAUCAGCAGAACAAUCCCCUCUAUGAUACCUCCGCAUUGUGGAAGUUUGAUAGGGACCAUGUCGAGAACUCGUCCCUGACGAUCGAGCUCGAUACCCACAUGCAACGUGCACUAGACCGUUAUGUCAGGUCUGUGGGUUGCGCCUUUGACUUCAAGCGCUCCGUCACGUCCAAAGACUUCUUGACCAUGGUCACCAACGAGAGAUUGAGGUACAUGCCUGACAAGGGAAGCCGACUUGACAAGAUCUUGAAGAAGGCUGAGUCCUUUGGUAUCAAGUUUGACAAGCUCAUGGCGGCCAUGAAGAUGAUCGAGAUGCCUACCUACGAGAGCUCCGCACUCGUCUUGUCGUCUUGCAAGAGUCUACUUGGACUUGCUGGGAAGUACUCUUACGCCGUGGAGAGAUUCUUCACCGUGUUGGAUGAAGCCAUGGCUGUUAUCGUCGGCAUGUCCAAGAGGCUGGACCGACAGCAUGACCAUUCCCAUCACCGCAUUUACAGCAUAUUCCAGUCCUCUCUAGCCAUGGUAGUGGACAUUGUGGUUGACAUCACAGCUUCCUUCGGUAUUUCCAAAGGUGGUGUCAACGAGAGAACUAUUGUGACACAAUUCGAGUCCAGGUUUGAAGUCAUCAUGGUCAGACUCUCACAGCUGCGUGCGGAGCUCUACCUACAGACUCUUGUCCGCUGGUGCGACGGAGAUUCCCACUCCACCGACACCCUUAUCCUCAUCCUACAAGGCUUCGAAGACUUUGGACUUGAGACUUGCCCCCCAGCUUACCUCCACAUCCUCAUCAAGGUCUGUCUCUCACUUCCUUCUCACGGGGAACAUGCCGAGUCCUUGAAGUGGUUCCGCUUUCUCUGGACCUCUCUAGAGAAGCACCGCCACGAUUGUGAGAUUUCCCACGAGCAAUGGUUCGAGGUCUAUCAAGAGUAUCUCAUCGUUCUGGGACUGCAUGAGCACUUCAGCGAGCGUAUCCUUCUGGCUGAGGAGUUCCAGUCUCUGGUACUAAUUGAGCUCGGCUCAAAGCACUUACUUUAUCUUCGUGCUCGGAUCGAAUUUGCAAAGAUACUUGAACUGGACAGCGUUCGUUAUACAGAGGCUGUAACCAUCUACGAGGAGCUGGGACACUUUGACUUCCAUGGCUUUGAGGACUGUCACCGGGAAGAGUUCAUGGCUUUGAUCGAGAUCACUAAGUAUCGUCUCUCACUUAUCUUCGAGAGUCAUCCCGAGAUGAGCCAUCGUGCCGAGAUAUUACUCAUCGAUUCAUUCACCAACCUCAAGUUGGAGUUGUCUUACUCCGAUGAAAGGGUCAUCAUCGCAUUGACCCGUAUCAUUGAAUACCACCGCAAGCAGAAGCGUCAGGGAAGUAUUUCUGCGGCCAUCAAGGUCAUUGAGGAAUAUGUGCUGGGUCUCUUAGUUGAAGAGCGCAACGAGGUGAUCCUCUUCGGCGUGGCACGCACCCUAGCCAAACUCUAUCGCGAGCUAUCAUCUGUCGAGAUCGGCAUCAAAUUUAUUCAGCACGUGAAGGAGCAGGUUCUCGGUGGCCAGCAUACUGUCGUUGAAGGCCACUGCGGGUUCGGUCACGGCCAGCUUGCUCAGCUUGACCGACGCUGUUUCGUCUUCAUCCAUUCUUUUGAGCAGCUUCUCUGUGGCUACGAGCGAGAGAAGAUGCUGGAUGAGAUCAUCCGAGACAUUUACACUGAAACCUGCCUGUACGAGGCGUGGUCUGUCUCUCUACACCAGUGCAAGCGAGAUAUCCACGUCCGUCUCGCUGCUGGCGCUAGAUUGGUCGCCUUCCUGGAUCAAAAAGGUCGACAUGCGGAAAUGCGACAGUUGAGAAAUGAGAUCUGGGAGAUGUUCAAGGACUUCGCCCCCGGUUCCAUUAGCACCGAGUCUAUGUGGCAACUGUUCGAGCUCACCAUGGCCAACAUCCACAAGAAGACAGUUUCUUUCACUCUACUCGAAUGUUUGGUAGAUGUUGGCCUUGCCAUUUUUACCAAGGUUCGGGACUAUAGCGUGGCCCUCCAAUUCUUCCGCUGGUCUCAGAUCUACUUCAACCACUUCACAAGAACAGACCACUCUAGGGCCGUAGCUUUGGCUUUCAGAAUCUCGGAAUGCUUCUCACGACGCCAGGUUGUGUCUACCGAUGUUUACUUUAUCGAGCUUCAGACUAUUUCCUCUGAGAUCCUUGUUGAGGUUCUCAAAGUCGGUCAUUUGGAUAUGGACUUCAGCACCAUUCCUUUCAAUCAACUCAAUGCCAUCAUCCGCCUUCUGGGCCAAAGGAAGAACUUUUCCAUGCUGGAGCGAAUCCUCCAAUGCCUUUGGGAUACUCGCAUGAGCCGCAAUUGGUCUGGUGCCGCUACUGUUGCCACUGGCCGUCGCCUUUGCGAGGUCAAGUUUGCUGCUGGUCAUCAGACGUCGGCUCUUAUUCUUCUCGAGAGCAUCUGUUAUAACUUGCGUGACGUCUACGGGUCAGUCCAUCGCCUGACCGUUGAAUGUGAGACACUCCGAGCAAGCUUCCACAAUACCUGUGGCAAUCACAGAGCAGCCAGAGACAUCCACGUCCACUUGCUCGAGCAGGUUGGACAGCUUGAUCGCAAUGACUCUAUGCAUGACCAAGAACACCUGAGUGGGCUUGUUCACGAUCAGGCUAGGAGGCUCAAGUGGGCAUAUGAGAACCACCAAACUGGUGACGAUGAAAAGGAGGAAUCCUUUUACAGAUCCCUCCUGAGCAAAGCGAGCGGUUCCGUAGGUGGUUACGACGGACAUAGUCAUUAUGAGCUGGGAGAUAUUACAAUGAUGGGUGGUGAGAAGACAGAGACAAAGUGGGAGCUUCCUGAGGACUGGAGUCUGCCCAUCAAUGAGAUUUCCUAG